UUUUUCAUAACCCAUUCAACCCAUUGACAGUUAGUCCAACUUUUAUCCCCCUUUCUAAUAGCAAUCCACAACAGCUAAAUUCUUUAUUAAUAUAAUAAUAGAAAAACAAUCUAUUAGUUAUUUACUGUAAGUGUUUCCACUUAGUGGUGUGUUAAUGUCUGCUGCUGGAUUGUUUUAAGUUAGUAAACAGCGAGAAUAACAUCGAAAAAUGUUCAAACAAAGUGCUACUAAACUUUUGGAACUCAACGAGGAGAAGGUGAAGGAAUGGCUAGAAUCAUUCGAUGCAGUCAUAACAGAUUGUGAUGGCGUCCUUUGGGUCUAUGGAGAUGUCAUACCCGGCUCCGUAGACGUUAUGAAUCGUUUCAAGGAUAUUGGCAAAAAGAUAUUCUUCUGUACCAACAAUUCAACGAAAACUCGCAAAGAAUUGCUGACAAAAUCCAAAAAUAUGGGCUUCAACAUAACCGAAGAUGAAGUUAUCUCCACAGCCAACUCACUGGCUGCCUACCUCAAGGCUCGCAAUUUCAAUAAAAAAGCCUAUGUUAUUGGUUCGGAAGGUAUUACCAAAGAAUUGGAUGCCGUUGGCAUUGAUCACAAUAAAGUGGGACCUGAACAUAUGCCGGGUUCAUUGUUGCAAUAUCUAUCAAAUAAUUUUGAAUUGGAAGAAGAUAUUGGUGCUGUUCUGGUGGGAUUUGAUGAGUAUUUUUCCUUUCCCAAAAUGACAAAGGCGGCCUCAUAUCUCAGUCGGCCAGAGUGUCUGUUCAUUGCCACAAAUACAGAUGAACGUUUUCCCAUGCCAAAUAUGGUUGUGCCUGGAACGGGAAGUUUUGUGCGGGCCAUUGAAACUUGUGCCGAACGUAAGGCCACAGUGAUUGGAAAACCAAAUGUUGCCAUGUGUGAUCAUCUUAUCAAUAAUGGUACCGUAGUGCCGGAAAGAACUCUCAUGAUUGGCGAUAGGUGUAACACGGACAUACUGUUGGGCUAUAACUGUGGUUUUCAAACUCUGCUGGUCGGCAGUGGUAUACAUCAGCUAAAUGAUGUAGAUUCGUGGAAAGCAUCGAAUGAUCCGGAAUUACAUAAAUUGAUACCGGAUGUGUAUUUGCCCAAACUAGGAGAUUUAUUAGCCUACAUGUGAAAUUAUCAUUGUUUUAGUUUAUCAUAGCCAUAGACGCAUCUAUUUUCUAUUCAUUAUUACAUCUUUUUCUAUUAAUUACCUUUAAGUAUCAUAACAUAUUCUGUGUAAUGCCUAUUUAUUGGGUUUUCAGGGAAAACCCAGUUCAAAGCUUUUAUUAAUUUGUAGUUUGUGUUUGUUACAAUGAGAUUUGAGAAAGAAAAACAAGACAAAGAGAAUAUUGUAAUAAAAUUGUAAACACAUUGUGAAAAGAAAA